AUGACAGACUCAUCAUCAGCUCAACCAACGACAAAUGGUGAUCAACAAUAUCAAUCAAAUACAACCCUAGACAACGGCAAUCAAACUCAAUCAAGCAUACCUUCUGACGGCGUGGAUCACAAACCACCUCUUCCAAGAUUUGGUGCUCCAAAAUCACAUCUCUUACCGCCAUCAACUAAACGAUCACAUUCUAGAACACGAUCUCCAGUAUCAUAUGCACGAGGAGUCGAGUUCGCUGUUCUUUCACCGACAGAUUAUGAUACGCAAAGUGGAACAUUUACAAAAUCCAGUGAUACUAGUGCACCAGUAACUGAUGAAAAACCAUAA